AUGACCAUCGGCCUAUACCGAUUGAAGAUACUUGCCUUAGAUGGUCUACCCAUCCCAGAAUUUCCACGGCAGAAGCUGAUCGAUCUCAGCAAUACUAUGAGAAGCGAAUUUUGUCUCUAUGCUCUUAUGGGAUAUGAGAUUGAAGCGGUCUUUUUCAAGCCUGAAGAUGACAGCUUUAUAAAUUCCAACGACCAAGCGCCCAUCUACGAUCAUUUCUGGUCAGCGGCCACACCGGAUGUGAGAAAAUCUUUGUCUGUGAUUGAGGAUUUGGUGUGA